GCUGCAUACAGUGUAUCGGAAUGUUUGUAUGGUGCUCGCUUCAUUUUAUUUGGCGUGCGCAUGGGUCGCCAUGGCGUGACGAGGCCCGAGGUCGUGGUUCUCGCCGCCCUUGCCGCCGUGAGCCUCUACGUCUAUGGCCUGGCCCAUGGCUUGACGCUUCUGCCAGCACUGCUCUCUCUGGGCGUCUUGUUCCGAGGCGGCCGCGCGGCGAUACCGCCACCGCCGCCGCCACGCCGGCACAGCCCCGCACCAAGCGACACGACGUCUUCAAGCGACGUGGACAACGAGGACGACGACAAUGUGGAUGCGAUGCCACCAAGCGCGAGCGACGCCAUGGACCGCCGGCGGUCGUCGGCCGCGGACGCCGACUGCUUGCACAUGCUACGUGUGACGGACGAGGUCGGCUCGGGCAGCGACGUGCACAUCGGCAUGAACUCGACGGCGCCUGUGCCAUUCGAGAACGAUCUCUUUGUGGGCCACGUGUACUUUCUCGUCAAGACGGACCCGCCGAAUGCGACGUGGCACCACCUCUUUGACAAGCGCAAGCGCAUGUUCUGGAUCCAAGUGCAAGGUCGCUUCAAGCGGCAGCCGCGCGGCGUCGUGUACCUCGGUGGCGAGCUCCCGGACCGCAUCUCGCUCGGCUUCUUUACGCGCAGCCUCGCGAGCGUCAUCAUGAGCAUCAUCCAGACGCUCGUCAAGGCCGUGCACUACGCGUUUGGCGACGCAAAUGAGCUGCCGCACUGCGUUUUUCCGCUCUAUCAAUCGGUCGACGAGAUGGUCAUCACACCGCCUGGCGAGACGCCGCCUGUCCUCGGCCAAGAAGCCUUUGGCGAGUCCAAAGCCGAGCAUCUCGGUCGCAUGAAGACGCCGUGUGGCACCGAAGUCUACGACCUCGACGCCAUUUACACGUUCCACUUCCACACCAUGUAUGUCGACUUGACGCAGUGGACCAUCAUCAACCUCCCGGGCAUGAAGGACGUGGCGCUAACCACGUUCUUCGAGGGCCACCCGCUGCGCCUUGUGUGCUACGACGUCGUCGCGGCCAAAAAUCGCCACGAUAAGCACGCCAAAGACUAUGUAUUCUGCUUCUCGGUUGCCUACACGACGCCGGACGUGCGUCGACACAGCCGCGCGACGCUCCUGCCGUCGGCCACCGCCGUCGACAACAGCGACGACGAGCCACUUCUCGUGGAGCCACCGCCCGCGACCGCGACGGCCAUUGUCGGCGUGCCGUACUGGCUCGAGAUGGUCGAUUUUGCCUUGCGAAAACGCUGUGUCGUGUACCUCGUGGCGGUGGCCGAGACGCUCGCCCUGCAGACAGUGCACUCGGCGGCGUGGCGGCCGUCGGCGCCGACGCCCUUGCAUGUCCGAUCUCGCCUGGGCCGGUACACGGCGAUCGAGCACCAGCGACGCGCCUUGGAUGACGCCGCUGCGUCGUCGACGGUCGUCGCGGCACAACCGUUGCUCUGGCCACCGUCCUCGGCGACGCGGCUCGGCGUCCGCAUCCGCAACCAACACCGGCAGCACAUGGUCUUCCAGCAAGAAACGUUCCGCGCGAUUUCCAGCACGUUUCUGCGCCAGGAAUUCGUCGUGCUUACGCAAGACGGGCUGCACUUGUACCGCUCGCAGUCCAAAUCGCCCGUGCGCAGCAUCCCCAUCAACGUCGUGGUUGGCGCCACCGCAUGUACGUGGUGCCCCGGCCUCGACCACACGUUUGUGGUCCAAACGCUGUAUGAAACACUGUAUUUUGCAGUCCCGAGUGCCCACGCGGUCGCCGAGUGCCUCAAGCAUCUGCACGUGCACAAGCCGCCGACGCCGCCGCCACUGUGCCUCGACGACCUCCAAGCCAUGUGGGCCAUCCACACCACGUACGCCCAGCCCGACGGCUCGACGCGCUCCGUGCUCAACGCCCGAGCGCUCUUUCCAAGCUGCGAGCCCGACCCGACGAGCGCCAUCGAGCGCGUCCUCGAGGCCGCGAUCAAGCUCAACAUGCUCCUUGACGAUAGCAUCGUUGUCCGCAAGGACGCGGCGACGCUCGCCGACAAGGUGUCCGACUUUUUGGACGCCGCGUGCGCGCUGCGCAGCGUCGAGCUGCGUCGCUUGGAGCGGUACGAGGACCGGCUGUGCUUUUAUCUCAACGUCUACCAAGCACUUCUGUGGCACGCCAAGGUCGCGUUCGGACCGCCCAAGCAGUGGCUGCCGUUCAGUCGACGUGUGUGCUACGCGAUCGGGCCGCUCGAGCUGUCGCUGGCCGACAUGGAGCACGCAAUUCUGCGCGCAAAGUUGCCGCCGUCCGUCUUGGCGCCGCCGUGGCACAAGACGAUUGCAGCGAGCAUGCGCGCCCUCCAAGCGUCGUACGGCGUCCAGCACCCGGACUUUCGCAUCUCGUUUGUGCUGCACGUGCUCGAGCCGCUGGUCACGUUCUUUGACGGCGACUAUGUGCACGAGCAGCUCAACGCGGCCAUGGGACGCUACCUCCAGGACGCGAUUCGCGUCGAUGACGAGACGCGCGUCAUCACAUUGCCCAAGAUCUGCGAGUGGCACAAGGUGGAUUUCGGCGCCGCCAACAAGGACGGAGUGCACUGCGCGCGGCGGCUACUCGGGUUCCUCGACGGUGAUCUCCACAGUCGCCUGCGCCGCCUCGUCGAGGCUGACCCGCCACCGCACAUCAAGUAUGCAUAACGUUCGCAGAGCGCAGUGACCAUAAAGCUAGUUUAGUGCAAAGGUCUCGUACACCA